UAUUUAAGAGUGAGGGGAGAGCCAAAGGACCAUAGGCGUUUUAGACAUUUAGAGAUCUGGAGGACAUUCAAAGCCAUAAAAGACACUUCAAAAAGACGCCUGCGCUGCCCUCAUCAAAGGAUGCAGCUAGUUGUCAUGACAACAGUGCUGGCGCUGGCAGGUGCCAGUAAGCUUUGCAGUUCAGGCUGCUCCCUGCAAGUCUACACCAUCCCUGUGGAGAGCUGUAACAAAACUGAAUACGUCGACACCACCUUGUGUGCAGGACAGUGCUACCAUGAGGAUCCAGUCUACUUCUCUGCUACACGCCAGACCGAACAGAACGUCUGCAAUGGGAACUGGACCUACAAAGUAAAACACAUCAGAGGUUGUUCGGUGGGGGUCAGCUACCCUGUGGCCACAAGCUGCAAGUGUACUUCAUGUAAUGAAGACUACACAGACUGUGCUGCUCGUAUCAAUCACAGCUGUUUUUGAAGCCCUGCUAAUAAAAACCUUCGUACCGGAAAAAAAAAAAGUAUGUAUUUCUGCAUUCAAAUAUGACAAAAAUAAAUGAAAUAAAACAUCAAU